UGGCGCUGGACUUUUUUUCAGAGUCCUGUCUGUUGUAAUAUUUUACACGUUGCCUGUUUAUCUUCUUGUUUUGUUAGUCACGUGGCUCCAACGACGACACUUAGACAAUUAAACAAUUUAGAGCAAUCAAACUGAGAAAAAAAUGACGUAGAGCACUGCAAACAAACCUAUUCGACACAAGAAAAAUAAAAAUGUCAGAAUGUGACACUUUGCUUGUGGAAAGACUUCGAACAGAGCUGAUGCUCAAGGCUGACCUCAAGGCUUUGAGAACGACCCUUCAGCUGCAGCUGCAGGAAACAAAGAGCAGACAGGCAGAAGAGCUUGAUAAAAGAAUUCAUCAGAACACUCUCUUGUCAAAAGACAAAAAUCAGAAGUAUGAUGAUGAAAGAUUUGUAGAAAGGAAAGCCACCCCUGCAUCUGCUCUUAAGUCAGACAAAAAGGCUUUUCAGUAUCACAAACAAAAACCUAAUAUGUUUUCUCUAUCUCUGGUACCUUCAACAAACUCAAAGCACUGUUCUGUUAGAGCGCAGCAUUGUGAAAGGUGUCCUUCAUCUAAAACAACACUGCAAAAGAAAGAAGAGGAGGAAGAGGCUGAGUGUAAGAAGAAGUUUGGCGCUCUUCCUGUUCCAGGCAAUCUUAUUCAGCCCAUCUACCAGGAGAUGAUGGAGGUUAGAGAGAAGGAGAGGAAACAAGGCCAUGAGCAGAGAAAGGAGUUCCUGCUCUCCAUUCAGAAACCUUUCAGUUUUGAGGAAAGAGAGAAAAACAGAAGAGAGAAGGACACGGCAGUGAUAAAUCGAGUCUCUGAGGAUCCAAAAAACAGUGUUCGUGUUCAGAAAACAUUCCACAGAAACAUGAAGAGUUCAAGACAGCAGAAAGAUCAGCAGGACGUUUGCAGAAACGUCCAGACACAAAUAGCUUCGAAACAACAGAAUCCGGCUCAGGCUGGCUGCCUGAAACUUCGCAGCGCCGAUCAUACCAGAAAAAAAAAGCUGGGUUUCUUGGAUGUGAAGCCGAGCUUCAAGCCGAAAAUUCUACCUGAGGUCCCAGAUUUUAAAAGUCUGCACAAGGCUUUGCAAAGCGAAGCACUGGAGAAAAAGCAGAGUCAAGAUGUGAUAAGAUGUCAGCCCUUCUUCUUGAGGACAUCAGCUCUACCUGCAAGGAAACAUAAACCCCCCACAGAAACCUCACAGGUUCCUAAAAUGAAUAAUCUCGGUAGGAGUAAGUCACUUGGUGCCCUGGGAAGAGUAUCUACAGACACUCUUCCCACAUACAUCACAGAUGCAGUGAGGCAGCGCUGUGUCGCCAUCAGAAAAUCAAUGGAAAUCAGAGAAAGUAAAAACCAAGAGAGUGCAGAAUGGUUAAAAAGAUACCAGUUGAGAUCCCAAGCUUUGAAGAAGACUGUAGUGCUUCAUGCAAAGUUGCUGGAUCCCCACAGUAGCCUGAAAGACGUGUGGAAUGGAAAUGCACAGCGCCAUAGGGAAGCUGAUCUGCAAAGAAUGAAAGAUUACAUGAGAGAAUUAAGAGACAUGAAGGCCCGAGUUCAUGAGAGGCCUUAUUUGUUUGAACAGGUGAAACAGAAUAAUGCAAAGACCCAUGCUGAGCAGACUUUCAGGAGAAAGCUGGAGAAAGCUGGGAUAAAAGAGCAGUUUGUUGAAGAAACUGGGGAAUCAUUCAGAUUUGAUGAUGCUGAUACGAGCUCUUAAAAGGAAAUUCAAAGCAGGGAGGAAAAUGUAGAAGACGGGAAGAAAAUUGAAGAUGUGGAAGACAAGAGCGUGAAGUCCAAAGGGGAAGAAAUGCCAUGAUCAAAAAGGUUCAGGAAGAGCUGAGUUUUUGUGGUCUCUCCACUAGAAAACAACACUGUUUUUAAAAAAUGAUUCAUGUCACAACGAACACCAAGGUCGUGAUUGUUUAGGAUGUACACCUAUAAAUUAU